CACAUAUACAUCGAGAAUCCGCGACAUCCCUGCGGCUGCGACGACGAAGACGACGAAGACGACGACGACGACUGGCUCUCGAUAGCAAUCCACUACCAAAGAGUCCUGCCCGGCGGAAGCAGCGACUUGCCUAUCAAAUCAACCGCUGCAUCUUCCCGAAACACUCGCAUAGACACAUUGCCCACCAUGAGUGUCCGACAAGCCCCGGCAUACCAGCCAGCCGCAUCCGCGCAACAUCGCGACGACGACUCCGACGAAGAGGCGCUCGCCAACGACUAUCGCGAACAGGUCGGCUACCAGGAGGGUCACCAGGAGGAUUUCGACUCGGCGGGAGGUGCGCAACAGGACCUGCACGCACAGCUGCAACAGGCGGCGACACCUCUGGAAUAUGGCGCGACACUCGAGACCAAGAUGCAGAGCUACGACAGCUACUGCAAUCUUUUCCACUUCAUAUUGAACAGCGACGGACCGGUAGACAUCGAAGUGCCAUCGUAUUUCUGGGCGUGGGAUGUCAUUGACGAGUUCAUCUACCAAUUCAACUCAUUCUGCUCAUACCGACAAAAGGCCGCUCUGAACCAGGGAUCAUCAAACGCAAUCGAUGAGGAGGAGUUAGCAGUCCUCCGCGAAAACCCUGGAACAUGGGGCUGCUAUUCAGUUCUUAACGUUCUCUAUUCAUUAAUACAGCGGUCACAGAUCAGCGAACAACUCGCGGCUAAGAAGCGCGGAGAGGACGCUGCUGCCUACGCUGGUGAGUAUGGCAAUCGCAGUCUGUACCAGAUGCUGGGAUACUUUUCCAUCAUCGGUCUGCUCCGCGUGCACUGUUUGUUGGGCGACUUCAGUCUCGCGUUGAAGACGCUCGAUGACAUCGAACUCAACAAGAAGGCCAUGUUCGCCCGUGUCAUGGCCGCCAACUUCACCACCUACUACUACAUCGGUUUCUCAUACAUGAUGAUGCACCGGUACGCCGAUGCUCUGCGCGCCUUCAACCACAUCCUCAUCUAUGUCUCGCGCACCAAGAACUUCCAAAAGGGAGCCCAGUACGAUAGCAUCACCAAGAAGAACGACCAGAUGUACGCGCUCGUCGCCAUCUGCGUCGCCUUCUACCCGACCCGGCUCGACGACACCAUCCACACCGCGCUGAAGGAGAAAUACGGCGAGCAGCUCACGCGGAUUCAACGCGGCGGCCCCGAAGCCCUGCCGAUCUUCGAGGAACUCUUCCGUGCCGCCUGCCCCAAAUUCAUCUCCCCGACCCCUCCGGACUUCGAAAACCCGCACCUCAACCCGGACCCCAUCGAGCACCAGCUCAACAUCUUCAUGAACGAGGUCAAGAACAACAUGUUCACCCCGACCCUGCGCAGCUACCUCAAGCUCUACACCACAAUGGACCUGACCAAACUGGCCGGCUUCCUCGAGGUCGACUCCGACACCCUCCGCGGAUGGCUGCUCGUCAACAAGCAGCGCAGUCGCCAGGUGCGUCAUAGCGAGAACGGUCUCCUCGAGGGCGAGGUCGUCAAUUCGAGUGAUUUGGACUAUGCGAUGGAGGGCGACUUGAUUCACGUUUCCGAGGCCAAGGUCGGCCGGAGAUUGGUCGACUGGUAUUUGAGGAAUUUGGCACGGACAUAUUAGAAAGGGCGUGAAAUUUUCGUUGUUGGGUUGGGCGAUUGGCUGGGCGUGGUCCAUGUGCUAGGCAGAUGGGGAUGAACAGUUACGAAGGUCAUGAGGAGAUGUCCAUGGUUGUUGGCAUUGCGGUUUAUUUUCUUCAUACGAUUGAGGAAAUGAAUACACAUGACGAGAUUAAUCGCUGUGCCCUUGUUGAGCAAAGCAAUCAUUGUUCCCUUGUCCUCGCCCUUCCCCCGAGGAAUCCGAAAAGAUAUGAAAAUGAAAUAAAACACUUCUUCCAAAAAGAAAGUCCCAAACCCGCUCGAAAGGAGAACAGAAACCCACUUCCUCUACCACGCAUCCUCCCCGCCCCCUUCAUCCCCACCUCCAUCAUCUCCAUCUCCAUCCU